CCAAAUUUUGCAAGAUUGAUAUGUCAGCGAUGUUUCUCAAGACUUUGCUCUUCCUGUUCCUCCUCCACCGAGAAGUUGCAGACGCUUGCGGUGGGACUGAUGGGUUCACCUUCAAUGGAUUCCGUUGCCGCAAUAUUGAUCCCGACGGGAUCGCGUCGAUCACCUCCAACGGGCUUCUCGUGGUCACCAACAACACAUUCGAGUCGAGGGGCCACGCCUUCUACCCAAUCCCACUUCGCUUCAAAGAGUCUCCUAAUGGUACCGUCUUCUCCUUCUCCACCACUUUUGUCUUUGCCUUCAUCUCAGAACUGCCGGACCUUAGCGGGGAUGGGAUGGCCUUCUUAGUAUCCCCCACCAAGGACUUCUCCCGAGCCAUAGGUAAUCAGUAUUUAGGCAUCUUCAAUUCAAGCAACCUCGGUAACUCGACCAACCAUGUCCUUGCGAUCGAGCUUGACACAAUCCGUAACCCCGAAUUCCAAGAUAUUGAUGAUAACCAUGUCGGGAUCAAUAUCAACGACAUGAAAUCUGAUGAGUCCCAAACUGCUGGUUAUUGUCUGAAUGACACUGGUUCGUUCCAAAAUCUAAGCCUCAGUAGCGGCCAAACCAUGCAAGUUUGGGUAGACUAUGAUAGCCAUGAGAUGCUACUUAACGUGACCCUAGCUUCAUUCCCCAUGGCCAAACCCCAUAGACCUCUCUUAUCUGCGGUCGUCAAUCUUACAAGCGUGUUGUUAGAAACGAUGUAUGUUGGAUUCUCCGCCUCCGCUGGUCCUUUCCUAACAUCUCAUUACGUCCUUGGUUGGAGCUUUAAGAUGAAUGGCGUAGCCCAAGCUCUCAACUCCUCCCUGCUGCCUUCUCUUCCACGUGCGAAAUCAAAUCACAAGUUUAAGGUUUCGCGCAUCGGGCUGCCCAUGGCGUCAGCUACGCUUGUUUUAACCGUCGUAGGGAUUGUCGUGUUCAUCCUGAGACGGAGGACCAAGUAUUCAGAGCUCCUGGAUGACUGGGAGCUUGAGUACGGGCCUCAUCGGUUCUCCUACAAGGAUUUGUUCAAGGCUGCCAAGGGUUUCAGGGACACAGAGCUUCUCGGAAGGGGCGGGUUCGGGAGAGUGUACAAGGGUGUGCUACGGUCUUCUAGAUCGGAGGUUGCAAUUAAAAGAGUGUCCCAUGGAUCAAGACAGGGUAUGAGAGAGUUUAUUGCGGAGAUCGUCAGCCUCGGUCGCCUUCGCCACCGAAACCUCGUCCAAUUGCUGGGCUACUGCCGACGCCAAGGAGAGCUUCUGUUGGUGUACGAUUACAUGCCCAAUGGCAGUCUCGAAAAGUUCCUACACGAUCAAGCUAUGCCUACUCUGGAUUGGGCGACGCGGUUCCGGAUCAUCAAAGGCGUGGCAUCAGGACUUCUGUAUCGACACGAAGAUUGGGAGCAAGUCGUCAUCCACAGAGACAUUAAGGCGAGCAACGUGUUACUCGACAAUGAAUUGAUUGGAAGGUUGGGUGACUUUGGCCUAGCAAGGUUGUACGAUCAUGGAACGGAUCCACAGACCACCCAUGUGGUGGGAACCAUGGGUUAUCUUGCUCCCGAGCUUGCUCGAACCGGCAAGGCGACCACCAUCACCGACGUGUUUGCGUUCGGCGUCUUCCUCCUUGAGGUUGCUUGCGGGAGGACGCCGGUGGACCCGACGGCGGACGAGGAGAAGCUUAUUCUGUCGGACUGGGUGUUGAAGAAUUGGCAGAAGGGAUCGAUACUGGAGACGACGGAUCCAAGGCUCGAAGAAGAGUACGAUGUGGAGGAGGUGGAGCUGGUGUUGCAGCUUGGACUGUUGUGCUCGCAUCCACUGCCCACGGAAAGGCCGAGCAUGCGCCAAGUGGUGCGCUACUUGGAGGGCCAUGCACCGCUUCCCGAGCUGUCGCCCACGUACCUCAGCUUCAGCGCUUUUGUGCGGCUUCGCAACGACGGUGUCGAUGACCGUUUCAUGUCGAAUACUUCGCCGGAGGCUACUGCAUCGGUUCUCUCCGGAGGUCGUUGACGGAGUCCGACAAUCAUAUGUGUCGUCUCCCGUGAUUUGUCCCUUUGUCAUACAGUGUAUUGUUAGCUUUGAAGCACUAAAAGGCUAUCUACCAGUUGUGGUGUAGUAAUACCCUGUGAUUGUUA